UGGGCGGCGGGGGAGGUGCCGUGAGCGGCAGGUAACGUCCGCGCGCGCCACUGCUGCUCCUGUCCUUCUUUCCUCCCGCCCUGCGGGGCCGGCGGGGGGUUCUUUAUUAGGAUUUGACUCCUAGCAUGCAUUUCUCUGGAGCCGAUGUUUUCCUAACGCUUUCAGCUUGGCUUAAAAAGCUACUUCACUGGAAUGUUUUAAAGUGUUAAAAUCCCUCUAGGAUUUGCAGUUACUAUAAAUUAAUUGAAGGAAAUACUUCCCUUCUGGCCUCACCAAAGAAAUAACUGGAAUCAUGGAUCAGAACAAUAGUUUGCCACCCUACGCUCCAGGCUUAGCCUCCCCUCAGGGUGCAAUGACUCCAGGAAUUCCAAUUUUUAGCCCAAUGAUGCCAUAUGGCACAGGACUGACACCACAGCCUGUCCAGAGCACCAACAGUUUGUCCAUCCUGGAGGAACAGCAGCGGCAGCAGCAGCAGCAGCAAGCGGCGCAGCAGUCUACAUCACAGCAAGCAACACAGGGAACAUCUGGCCAAACUCCCCAGCUCUUCCACUCACAGACUCUUACGACGGCCCCUUUACCAGGCACCACACCUCUGUACCCCUCUCCAAUGACGCCGAUGACUCCGAUAACUCCUGCAACACCGGCGUCGGAGAGCUCUGGCAUAGUGCCGCAGCUGCAGAAUAUUGUGUCCACAGUGAAUCUCGGUUGCAAACUUGACCUAAAAACUAUUGCGCUUCGUGCCCGAAAUGCUGAAUAUAAUCCCAAGCGUUUUGCUGCUGUUAUUAUGAGAAUAAGAGAACCACGUACUACUGCACUUAUAUUCAGCUCUGGGAAAAUGGUGUGCACAGGAGCAAAAAGUGAGGAGCAAUCCAGACUGGCAGCAAGAAAAUAUGCAAGAGUUGUUCAGAAACUUGGGUUUCCUGCAAAAUUUUUGGAUUUUAAAAUUCAGAACAUGGUGGGCAGCUGUGAUGUGAAAUUUCCCAUCAGGUUAGAAGGACUGGUACUCACACACCAGCAGUUCAGCAGCUAUGAGCCAGAAUUGUUUCCUGGGUUAAUCUACAGAAUGAUCAAGCCAAGAAUUGUUCUGCUUAUUUUUGUUUCAGGAAAAGUGGUUUUAACUGGUGCUAAAGUACGAGCAGAAAUCUAUGAAGCGUUUGAAAACAUCUAUCCUAUUUUAAAGGGAUUCAGAAAGACAACGUAACAGUUUCUACGUCUCUCAGAAAUUGGGGGGGAUAUUUUAAAAGGUAUUGCAUAUGGCACAGCAGUAACAAGAGAUGGACUUCGGCAAACUGCAACAUCAGGACUUGGACAAUUUCCCAGUUAGUGCCUACUUCCCUGAUGCUCAAGGGGAACUGUAAUAUUGGUUAUGUCUACUGAGUUACUGUGAGUUGCUUUACUGGGCUGUUCCCAGAACAGUCCCUCCAAGUUUUAUUUAUAUUCUAGCUUUUAAAUAGUUUUAAUGCCAGUUCUAUUCAUAGAAAAUCUGUAAGUUGGUUUAAAAGACAAAUGCAACUGUGUCACUCAGCGUAUAAACCACUUAAAUUGCCAUGUAUAUAUGUUUUAACUUCCUUCCAUAAGACCAUGGUUUUUAUAAUUUUCAGAACUUAAGCUUUUAAAUUUUUUCAAUUUUAAAUUUCUUUGGUGCCAGACACAUUCCCUCUUUCCAGUAUUAAGCAAGACAGAAUAAAUUUAUUAAUGAAAAUGGCUCAUUGUACAUAUAUAUAAUAUAUACCUUCCUUCUGUUUCCUCCUUUAGUUCCACAUGUACAAUAAACCCUCUUUAUACAAUUAUGGGAACUGUCUUAAUGAAUUUUGAAAUUACCCAACUAGUAGAGUGAAAUACAUUGAAAACUUUUAAAAAAAUUUAAUCUGGAUUUUUCAUUAGCCCAGGCAUUACUGUAAGCCACUUCUCAUUUUGGGAGAACCUUAACGAUGCUCUGGUUUCCUUACCAGAAGUCAUAUCUUUGGCAAUGUCUAGCUUGAAUACUUCUAGUAUGUUAAAGCAAAACAGGACUGGUUAAAGAAGUUUGUGUUAAUGUCUUGCCUUAUGUUCAACAGGUGGGAUUUAUGCAAGUCUUAAGCAGCUACACUUGACUGAAUUGGAACAAGAGUUCCCCGCUUAGCGUCUAGAAUUUCUUUACAUUACUACUUUUGUACUUUACAAACUAUUGACAGCUCACUAUAUUAGUGUUCCUGUAAAAUGUCAAAGCCCUUCCGACUAGAGUCAGUAUGUACAUAAUCUUCCCUCUGAACUGUGCUUGAAGCUUAAUGGGCUGAGAACUAAAAAUAAACUUUUUUUUUUCCCUCCAGUUAUUUUCCAGUAAUAGUAACCUCCUUUCUAUGAGUUGCACAUUCUUUCAAACAGCUUUUAUCUAAAACUAACCCAAAUGUGAUCGUGGCCUCUUUUAUUUGCUAAGCUGGUGUUUCAUUCCAGACAAAAUGAAGUUCUGGCUGGCUUUGGUACUGCUCAUCUUGUGAAUCGUGGGUGACCUUAAUCCUCGGACACCACUACUCACCUUGUAGUGGUGUACACUGGUGUUUCUCCAGGUGUUUUAAAUAACUGGUUUCAUGGAUCCUAGCAGAAAGCUGCAGUUCGUGAACGUAGCUUUGCCAGGGCAAGUUCAAGAUACCCAAACACUACAUUACCCUCAGUGCCACGCUGCUCUGCUGUGAGGGACUGAACACUUCUGAGUGCUCUUGAACGUAACUGUGACUCUCCACACUUUUGCAGGAUCCUGAGCUAUUACCACCUUUCCUGCACAACUCUUAACUUUGCAGGAAAGCC